CCAUUUUUUAUAGGAAAUUAUGUUGAGUUCUUAUCAAUAGUGAGUUGGCGAGACAUGAAAGGCCGCCAUAUCACUAUUUUUAUGAUCAGCAUCACUCUUGCAUAUAGUGCUCCAACCAGGAAUUUUAUGGCUACCGAUACCGUAAACGUCUCUACGACUUAUUCUUCUACUACUACUUUGGACUUGCCUCGAGGACUCACACCAGGCAAACGUAUUCUUCGCAGUGAAACAGACAACACGCCUGGAAGAUGCUGUUCCAAUGACUUAUCAAAGAGGUGCUGUCCUUAUGAUUACGAUAACAACAAAUGUGAGAUCUCUGACAACAGGACAUUGUGUGGUUACAAUAAAAAUCAGGAUAAACCUACAGUCAUUGAAACGACUACAGUUAAGUAUGGUCUUAUUUGUUGGCUUGUAAAUGAUCGCCUCGAGUGUGGAUAUGACAAAGGAUCUCCUGUUACUGACCUGUCUACACAAGAACUCAUGACAAGAAAUUUAAAAAUGUCUACGACUGUAACUACAGAAAAGAUUACCUCUAAAGCUACGAUAGAAACGAGUACUGAAACAACGGCGAAAAAUAGCAUUACCACGACUAAACUUAUAACUGAAACUCCAGAGAAAACCACCAGCACCACGACUAAAUCCAAAACCGAGACUACAUCACAAACCACUGCUACAGGACAAACCACUGUUGAAGAACCCACUUCUCAAACUACCAUCAAUAUCCCAGGGAACUGUUGUUCCUGGAACUCUUCAAAAAGUUGCUGCCCCUACGACUAUGAUGAUAGCAAAUGUGACAUUUCUAACAACAGGACCGUGUGUGGUUACAAUAAGAACCAGAAAAAGCCGAACGAUAAUGAAGCGACAAAACAAUUUACUAAGCAAGGGUUACAUUGCCAAAACAGAGACGAGCGAGUGGAGUGUGAAUAUAAUAAACGAUCUGACAUUACCGAUAGUUUUACUCCUUCAACUAAACCACACAAAAAUCAGCGUCUAGACCUAAAGAGACGAAAAACGAAGCGAAUACAAGAAACUACUCCAAAAGUUACAAAAGCAAGUACCACGACAGUUACGACAGAAAUUACAACAACAACAACACAAACCGUAAAGCCGAAAAUGACAACAGGACGCCGCACUACCAUUGAAUGUGUGGAGAUUCACUCGAAGAAGGCUUGUCGCGUUAUUCCUCUCGAUGAAGAAUUAAAUUAUGACUAACCCUAUUGUGCAAAUGAAAGAAAUGUUUGUGAAUUCGUACACACUUUACACACAC